AAAGAUACAAAUGUCCACGCCAGGUUCAUCUGAAACGAAGCAAUCCUAUUGGCUCUACCUACAUAGUAAUGCUAUUGGUUGGUCUCAUUUCGAGCCGAGCUGCCCCCAACGGCAAGUGCCUUUCUAUCAAACUACGCUAGCCAGUUACCUUGAGACAUAUCUUUUGAAGAACUUUGAUACGAAUCUUUUACGUGCACUUGGAGCUGCAGCGAGCAGUACCAAAAUGGCUGACAUCGAUUUAAACGUAGACAGCCUUAUACAAAGGCUUCUUGAAGUAAGAGGAUGUCGUCCAGGAAAGUCCGUGCAGAUGUCCGAAGCAGAAGUUCGCGGACUGUGCUUGAAAUCAAGAGAAAUCUUCCUUCAGCAGCCAAUUUUGUUGGAGCUAGAGGCUCCCCUCAAAAUUUGUGGUGACAUCCACGGGCAGUAUACAGAUCUCCUGCGGCUUUUUGAGUAUGGCGGUUUCCCACCAGAGGCAAACUACUUAUUUCUGGGUGAUUAUGUAGAUCGUGGCAAACAGAGUUUAGAGACUAUAUGUCUUCUGCUUGCAUACAAAAUAAAAUAUCCAGAAAAUUUUUUCCUUCUGCGUGGCAAUCACGAAUGUGCCAGUAUUAACAGGAUAUAUGGUUUCUAUGAUGAAUGUAAACGGCGGUACAACAUCAAACUGUGGAAAACAUUUACAGACUGCUUCAAUUGUUUGCCAAUAGCAGCAAUCAUUGAUGAGAAGAUUUUCUGUUGUCAUGGAGGACUAAGUCCAGAUCUUCAAGGCAUGGAACAGAUUCGACGUAUAAUGAGACCCACUGAUGUUCCAGACACAGGUCUUCUCUGUGAUCUUCUGUGGUCUGAUCCCGACAAAGAUGUCCAAGGAUGGGGAGAAAACGAUAGAGGAGUGUCAUUCACAUUUGGUGCAGAUGUUGUGAGCAAGUUCCUGAACAGACACGAUCUCGACCUCAUCUGCCGUGCUCAUCAGGUUGUGGAGGACGGCUAUGAGUUCUUUGCGAAGAGGCAGCUGGUAACGCUGUUUUCUGCACCAAACUAUUGUGGUGAAUUUGACAAUGCUGGCGGGAUGAUGUCAGUGGAUGAAACGCUCAUGUGUUCUUUCCAGAUUUUGAAACCAUCAGAAAAGAAGGCAAAAUACCAGUAUGCAGGAAUGAAUUCUGGGCGACCAGCAACACCCCAUAGGAACCCAGCAAAGAAGAAAUAAAGUGUGACAGGUGCUGAAAAAUCCUGUGUGUGUGAGAGCGGAGAGAACUUGUGUGUUUCUUCUAUUUUCUGGCUACAGCCCUACAAUCUGUGAUGAUAUUUUGCUAUACAAAUUCAAGAUACUGUCACUGUUUGUAGAGAUAAGUUAUAAAGUAUUCUUCAUCCCAGGAAUAUACAUCACAUCUUCAGUCAUUACAUCUCUCAUGUGAUGCAUGCCGUUCCUACUUAUUACUUACUUUUGCUGUGGAACAGAUUAGCCUCGUAUGACAACUGUAAAGUGAAUUCUUUUGCCCAAAGUUGUUUGCUGUCAAAGUGCUGGAGAAACUGCAUGUAUAUUGAAUUAUGUAAAAAAAAUCUUUAAAUUCAAAUCUCUACUUAUUCUGUAAAUGGCUGGUACAUUAUUUAUUUAUUUAUUUCUCAGUAUUUCAGUUCAUUAACUGUCUUUCAGUUUCUUUUCAUUAUAUUCCUGGAGUUCAUUAAUAUAUUUCUUUUCUGUUCACUGUGGAAUGUUGUAAUGUUUUCAUUAUAAUGACCCUCAAACCAGGUGGUUGUAAUCAUGUUGAAGACUUGAUGUUAAUGUCAGUUAAGUGUGCUUUUCAAACCUCAAAAAGACAUUUACGAGACUAUUUCACAGCUGCUGGUUUGAAGGUUUGCCAUGUUUUUUUGGCCUUUUUUAAAACACUCAUUUAGAACGGGCUGCAACUGCCUUAAAAAGGAAGUCAUGUUUUAAUUUCAUACGUCUGCCCUUCUGGCAAAUGUUUCAUACGUUGGACAGUUACAUAAUACAAGGCACACUUGGUCUGUACCAUAAGCAGAAAUGGAAGGACUUGAAAGAAAGCUUUUUUUCUCAAAGUAUGCUGCUUUAAAUGUGUUUGUUUCUUUGAUACUCUGAAUUUUUUACUGAAGGGGAAAAUGUGCAUAUGCUGCUGUUAAAUAUAUACUGUUUUUGUGAGUGUAAACACACAGUUUUACAUUCUAAGAGAUGACUUAAAUUUUAAUUGAUGUGUUAACAGAAGUACAAAAAUGUUAUUGCUUACUGGCUGCAAGGUGGCUUGUUGCACAUUCUAUUUGAAAAUAAUGAGUACCAAAGAAACAUAUUGAUAUAACUGCAUUUAAAAGUUUUCUUUUUAAUUGGUGUUAUCUUUUAUGCUACAAUAUAUGAUGUUCAUAAGGGAUUUAAUUAAAGUGUAUAGACCGCUUUCUUUCCGGGUUCGAUCAUUUUUUUAUGUAUGUGUGUAUAUACAGUACGUCUUGAAACAGUUUCUAUUAGUCUGAUUUUUUUUUUAUGAAGUUGUUUGUGGACUCACGUAAGUCAGCAUAUUUCAUCAGAUAGAUGGAAAAUUGCUUUUGUUAUAAAUGUUGUAAACUUGAAUUAUUAUAAUGUCAGUUGAAUUGAAUUGUAUUUUGGACUUUUGUAGCAUAUGUUGUGCAAAGUCUGUUUAUUAAAAAUAACAGUAUUGAAGAAAGCUGAUCAUACUUUCGUGUUUGUACGCACUGUGAUGUUUUCCCAGUUUAUUUUGCAACAGUUUUCUGUAGUAGAAAAUUUGUUAUGUUUGCUGUUUACAGUGCAUUUAUCAACAUCUCUGUGAGAGUUAGUUAGUGGUACCAGAAAGUAUUCCCUAUUUUGAGAGAUGUCUGUGUGUUACCUGUAAUGAACGGGCACUUGUGUUUGUGCUUAUGUAGAAUUCAUUACUAAUGUAUUGGCAUUCAAUUUCUGUAGCUUAUAUUUGUCAUUUGAGAGAAAUAUUUUUCUUUAAAUGUUGUGCAUGGUUCCGUGUAAUUGAUGAUGCAUCAAGUUGCAUUUAUUUUUGUCGGGACACAAAUGUCACUGUAAAAUAAUACAUGUCACAGUUAUUGAAAAGCUUGUUAGAUUUCAUAUUUGUUAAAUUCAGAGCUUUCAUCAUUUCAUUUCCUCAUAUAGUUAGAGAUAUUGGAAACUGCUUUUAAAAUAAUUAUAAUUAAAACUUGUCAAUUAGUAUUAAUGAUUAUCAGAAGUGUUAGCCUUUGUGUUACAAAUAAAGAUUUCAACCAAUGUUUAUAA